AUGAAAGCACGUCCAGCUGCCCAGCCGCACCUGCCGCAGGCCGCGCCCACCCUGACAGCCGUGUGCACAGAGACUUGCAUCCCCGCACCUGCAGAGUUCUGCGGUGUCUGUGCUGUGCCGCUCUCAGCAGCCCUGGAGGGUCCUACCAGCACUGUCGGUGGUCCUCAGAUGCCUCCCACCUCAGUGGAAGGCCGUUCCUUACCACCCAGCCCAUCUUCUUUCCCUCUUGAAAACACAGUAAAUACUAGCUCUUCAACAGCAACUUUAGGCACCAGUGCACACGUGGGCUUUUCAUCAGAAUACCUCAGGAGUAUACUGGCUGCAUCCUAA